AAUCAACAAAUUUAUAAGAUAAAAUAGUAUAAAUGUAUCGUUUCAAAUAAACACAGUUUACACAUGAAAUUACAACAUAAUAUUCAUAUUCUGUUGUAAUAUCAUGUAGUAGGACGUUAUAUACUCCUGCAUAUGUUCUCGAAAUGGAAACCAUAUACUACUUAAUUAUAUUACACCUGUAUUAACAACGAAAAUAUCAUUAACUAAAGAAAUAGCGAAAUUCUUUUAAGGCCAUAUUAAAAAAUAAUCGCAGUUUUGAUAGAAUUUUGUAACACGGUCAUGGACUGAUGUAUGACAUAACAGCCAAUAUUAUAGAUCCACUUUAAUAUAUAUAGAAAAAUGGCUACUUGGGCUGAGGAUGAAAUUGGACGAAAAUGGGAUCGCUGUUUUACGGAUGCUCUUUUUAAAUUUGGAGGAGGAGUUCUUCUUGGAGGAGUAUUUUCAUUAUUUUUUUUCAAACGAAGAAAAUGGCCAGUUAUAACUGGAGCUGGUUUUGGAUUAGGUAUGGCAUAUUCUAAUUGUCAGCAAGAUUUGAACUCCACAUUGAAUGUUAACCCAAAAUCAAAGGAGUGUAAGAAACCAGGUGAAGAUAAAAAAAAUUCUUAGCGAAGUUUCUAUUGAUGAAAAAUUAUGUUGUUACAAAAUAACAUACAAUAUACCAAUAAACUAGUUGAACUUGUAUUAUAGUCUCAUAUGAAAUAAACUUUUUCUUAAUUAA